AUGGCGCACCACAUGGAGGAUGCCAAUAAAAGACCUAAGGGUAUCCUAAAGAACUCCAGCUCUCAGGUACCCCAGGUCGCGCAAGUCCAUGACACUCUCCCCGUACCCUCGGCUGCAACCGACCCGGUGGACACCAAGGAACUUACGCUGCAAAACACCCUUCAGAAUGCAGGCCGUCGCCGGUCGCUAUCCAACACCCGCCCGGGGUCCUCGUCGCGGCGGCAGUCCCUCGCAAGCAUUCACGGUCACCAGGACGAGGCGUCGCCCCGGCUGAAGUGGGACGAGGCCAACCUGUAUCUGACUGAGCAGGAGAAGACGGCCAAGAUGAAGAUCGACGAGCCCAAGACCCCAUAUGCGCCACACUACGACCCCGCCCAGGAUGAAGAUGAGCUCGAGGGCGAAGAAAGUCUGAUUGACGCGCAGGAGGUGGUGGUGGACGAGCUGGACAAGACCCAAAAGGCACCCAAGAAGGCUGUGGCGGAGGACGACAUCCCCGAGUUGGAGCUAGGAGAGGCGGAGGAAUACGCGGACGCGCAUGUCGGGAGCGGGGAUCGGAUCGUGCGCGAACGGAGCCUGAGCAAUGACUCACAUCGUGGCGGAAAGCAUGUGGUGGUCGGUGCCGGCGAGACCAAUGGCGAGCCCGAGUCGGGCGGCGAUACGUUGAUGACGGCGGACGAGGCGGAGGAAAAGCAUCGUCAGUUCGAGCAGCACCGAAAGAAACACUAUGAGAUGCGGAACAUCAAGGAACUCCUUGCACACCCCGAGGAACUGGAUGACGAGAUGGACGAGGAUGAAGACGAGGGCCAGACCGCGGCCCCUGUGGCGCCCCCGAUGCCUUCGAUCCCGGGGCGAUUUCUGAAUGGGGGAAAGUGA